UUAAUUUCAGUGUGCUUUUAGUUAUGGAAUAGAGAUUUGAUUUCAGCGAUAGGCUGCCUCUAAUCAAUUUUUUUUUAUAUUUUCUUAGAAUCUUCUUCUUUUGCAAUGCCCAGCAAUAUAAGUAAGAAGCUUAACUUCAGAUUGUUCCAAUAAUUUAUUUUCAGCAGUUCAAUGAAAAAAUGUACUGUAUGAUUCGCUACCUGAUUUUUCUGUAUUAGAGUAAUUGUCUACAGUCCAAAUAUGAGUAUGAUAUAUAACAGAAAGUUACUUUGUUUUUUUUUUUUAUAAUUAAAAGAUUUUGAACUAAAGUCUAAAUUAAUCUCAUGAACAUAUGCAAAAGUUCCGGGUUUGUUUUAUAUCUGAGACGUCUAUAGUGCGAGUCAGUGAAAAUAUCUGAACUUGAAUAUCCAAAUAUUUUCAGUAGAAAGCCAUUUGUUAUAGAAGUUUGCCUUUGGUUCUACAUUUACUUGACCAUCCCAUACUUAUGAUAAUUUAUUAUGAUCAGUACUAUCGUAUUUGUGUCUGUUUGCUAUUAAAUAUUUAAAGGGUAGAUUAGAUAGAAAUAGAAGAGUACCUUGUUCAAAACAAGAUUUUGUUUCUGAAGAUGUUACUCAACUUCACUUUCUAUAUAUUACUUGUAUCUGACAGGGUCACAUGGCAGUCAGUUGUUUUCACCAUGGGGAAUGCAGUACAAGAAGCGUUUUACGACAAUGAUAAGAGUUAUGACUGCCUCUUUCCCCAAAUUUUGACCAGAGAAACUGAGGGAUUUAAAUAAAAUAAUAAUUUUUUUUUUUGUUCAAAAAAUAAUAAUUUUUUAUAUUUUAAUAUUUUUGUUAUAAAUACCGAAAUAGCGAAAUAUAAAAUCAAUCUUUCUUGCUUCUUGGCGGAAAAAACAAAAAACGCAGAGAAGAAGAAAGAGAAAGAAGAUGGAGAAUGCGGCGAGCUUGGCUUCGGGUCCCGACGGAAAGAAACGGCGCGUGACCUACUUCUACGAGCCAAACAUCGGCGACGGCAGUCAACGGGUAUCCCAACAGAUCAGUACGACUCACAACCUCAUCCGCAGCUAUCACCUCCACAAUGACAUGGAUAUCGUCCGCCCUAGCCUUGCCAAAGAUUCAGAUUUCGUUCAGUUUCACUCGCCGGAGUACAUAGCAUGCCUCGCUACUCUCACGCCGGAGUAUGUCGACAUGGCUAAUAAGUCAGAAAGCGUAGCCGAAACUACCCUCGAGCUCUUCGACUUAGACGAGUGGGACACCCCUUUCUUCCCUGGCCUCAUCGAUUAUUGCCGUCUCUACGCCGGUGGUUCUAUUUGCGCCGCCGCGAAACUGAACCGAAGCGAAGCUGAUAUCGCCAUCAAUUGGUCCGGCGGGAUGCACCGCGCCAAGAGAGAUGAGGCUCGUGGCUUUGGCUACGUCAACGACGUUGUUCUUGGGAUCCUCGAGUUGCUCAAAGUCUUCAAGCGAGUUCUCUACAUAGAUAUUGGGUAUUACCAUGGGGAUGCAGUACAAGAAGCGUUCUACAAAACUGAUAGAGUUAUGACUGUUUCUUUCCACGAGUCUGUGGUCCAAUGCAGAGGAGACAUAACAGACAACGGGGUAGAAAAGGGAGAAUACUAUUCUCUAAAUGCUCCGCUGAAGAAUGGUUUGGACGAUGCAAGUUUCGUCAAUUUAUUGGUACCUGUCAUCCACAAGGCUAUGGAGGUUUAUCAGCCGGAAGCAAUUGUUCUUCAGUGUGGGCCUGAUUCACUAGCUGGUGACGCGUUGGGUAAAUUCAACUUGACUAUCGAGGGUCAUGGUGCUUGUCUCGGGUACAUAAGAUCAUUUAAUGUUCCUCUCAUGCUCUUGGGUGGUCAAGGUCACACUCUUGGAAAUGUUGCACGUUGCUGGUGCUAUGAGACAGCAGUUGCGGUUGGAAAAGUAAUUGACGACGAUCUCGAUACCAAUGUCUCCGAUGCGUGUUUUGCCCCAGGUUAUCAACUUCAUAUUGAGCCGAACCGCAUGAAGAAUUUAAACACAGACGAAUAUAUUGCAAAAAUAAAGAAGACAUUACUAAACCAACUUUCGCAAGUGAUACACGCACCUAGUGUGCAGUUUCAAGACACUCCACCAAUCAGUCAAGUUACAGAAGCAGUGGAAGAGGACAUGGAGACGAGAUAAAAUGAACGUAUAUUGACGACUGGUAGUGCAAGUUAUGAAUCAGGCUCUGACGAGGACAAGUUUUUUCUCGGUGUAGUGUCAUAGUACAAGGAUUCUUUCAUACUUCACCUCCUUGUGAAUAGUUUUACCAGCAUUGUAAAUAAGCAUGAUCACCUCAGAUAUUAUAUGAAGUUCAAACAGAUUGUUGUCUGCUGUGCUGUCUCUAGAACACCAACACAUCUCAGCUUUAGAGUAUUCCUUGAUCCUGGUGAAAGCACACCUUCAUUUCUGAGCCUUUAACAUGUUAGAAUCAGUAUAUGAGCUAUCUGUUGGAAACUACAUAGGCUUACACGUGAUCAGUUAAAAAAGAUAUGUCCAGGAGUUCUGAAGAUAGGUUCCAGAAUCCUACUUGUGGAAAGUAUAGUCUCUCACAAAGAUUUGAGUUUGGUUUUGUGCAACUUUAAGAACACAAUUUUGUAUCGAUCUGGUACCUUAAGGCGAGCAGAACGGCGAGUAGAUCGAAGACGUGGGUGCAGGAGAUUGGAGUGGUGAUACAUAACAAUACAUAAGUCCAUAACCAUACAAGGAUAAGAAAUGUAAAUAAAAGUAAAGGGUACAAAACUCAGCAACACUUCAGAAAAAUUCUUACAAUACCCUGCAGUGAUGAUCGAAAUGGUCCAUGCACUCUGUCACAAACUCUGCAAUACUUGAUGUAUUUGAAGAUAGAAUGGCUCGCUGAAAAAUGAGAGACUGGAGCUAGACUGUCUCGACUACUCACGUCGACAUGGACCAGAACACAAGAGACAUCACCACUGAUUUCGUGGCACUUGGUAACAAUGUCCGAAUGGGAAGAAAUGGAAGUGUCGAUCUAUUUCAUGACGUGUGAUAAUGAGAAAGUGAUGUUUGAUAUUCAAAAGUUAUAUAUCAUGGUUGUUGAGGAACUGCCUUUCAACGUUGGUGAUCUGUUGUAAAGGAGAAGUUCCAGAGAACAAAGGUUUUCUUGUUUUGAAAGGCACUCUUUGAUUUGAUUUGAUUUGAUCUGAUCCCUUCAUCUCUCUCAGUUUACGAACAUAUCAGAGCAACGAAUCCAUUUCUCUGGUUUUCAACUGAUUUGAUCUUUUUUUUUGGGUUUGAAAGUUUAAAGAGAGGAUAUAAAAUAAGGGGAAUUGCAUCCUAUAUCCAUCGAACAAAUUAUAGUUUACCCACUAACUAAAAACCCUAUUUUUAUAAUAUAUACACAUUAUAGAUUAUUGUCAUAUUACCCUAAUCAACUGGUGAAACUUACUAACAAAAAUAAUUAAAAAAUAUAUAAAAAAACUUUAGCCACAUCUUCUAAACCAUCACCACUACCGCCACGUCUCUACUCCACCAUCUCUUUUCAGUAUCUCUCUUUCUUCUUCAGAUUAUCAACAAAAUCAUACAUUUUCUGCUGUCACAUAAUUCUUCUCUUUCAAUACUUCACCAGAAGAACAAUCAGGUGUUCUAAAGAAGAGACAACAAUGAAGUCAUAGACAACAAUGAAAUCAUAGACGGUGAGCACACACAACAACUCUUUCAUUUUUUUCUUUUUUUAAAAAAUCAAUUGAUUCUCACAAUCAUGCUUUUGUUUUCAUACUAUGUUUUCAUACUCUGUUUUCGUUUCUGUUUUUGUUUUAAAGAGAUUGAGGAUCUGAGAUUUUCUAAUUUUUAUAGAAGUUUAAACCUUUUAUUUUCAGAGUAUAUUGGGCUGCGUAUGAACCUUUAUGGGCUUUGAAACAAAAUUGGGCUCGCUAGUUGUUAUGUGAAACAAAAAUGGGCAGGCAAACGAAAUUAUAUAGUUUAGAUAUUGGCCACCGAAAUAAUCGGUUAUUGAAUGUAUUAAACGACAUAGUUUUAAUUCAAGUGGCAUGCCAUUGUAAUUAUCGAGGAAAGCUCAAGACUAAGUACAAAAUGUACUUCUGUUUUAAUAGUUAGAUUGUCUAGAUCUAUAGAAUAUGAAUGAUCAUUGUAUGAGUACUCUGGAUUGAAUCUUGAUCAUAGGCAUUGGCGUUCGAUGGUCCGUUCGGUUUCGGUCCGGGUGAUUCGGAUUUUCAGAUUUUUGGUGUUAUGCUCAUGAGUACCAUUUGGUUUUUACUAAUUAUCGGAUCGGGUUCGGUUUGGUUCCUUCCGGGUUUGGUUCGGAUUGGAUUUAACCAAUGUUUAAAAUCAUACAAAAUAUAUUUUUAAAAACCUCAAAAAUUGACAAAAAAAAUCAAAAUAUGUAAAUUAUUUACAAAUCUAAUUUAAAAUUAGUUAAAAUAUCUAAAUUAA